GCAAUUGACGACAUUAAUCUGGCAACAAGGAAUCCUUAGCUUUUUCAGCAAUUAACGAGAUUAGAUAUCCCUAUCCUAAACAGAAGCAAGGAACUGUAGUAGGACAAGACGUGCCGCUUCAUGAGGCUUCUAGGUUAAAGCUGUACACAGUUCAUACUGACAAGUGUCCUUUAUAUUACACACAGCUACGUGUCUCGAGAAUCCUCUUCUACCCAUUUCUUGCUCCUGUAUAUAUAACAUUCCAAUCUUGAGGCUCUUGUCGAGAAAACAAAAGGAAUCAAGAAUCUAUAUAUUUCGUCAGUGCACCUGCGAUAGUUGAUAUAAUUUGUCGUGAAUCAUGGCUUUAAGAUCAAUAGUGAGUCGGUUAAGAGGAACAGCAACAUUUGCAACUUCGAGCUCUCCAAAACUGAAGGCUUAUGCUCCAACAGCCGAUUUUGGUUAUCAUGAUCAUCCCCAAGAAAAGCGUACAAAGAAGACAGUGAAAGGCGAUUAUGUGCCAGUUUACGUAGCUGUGGGGAUGAUAGCUUUAUCUUUAUCACUGGGUCUAUUCACUGCAAAACAACAGAUAAUGCACUGUCCUAAUGUGCGAGUGAAGAAGAAGGGGGAGGGUGUAGCAGAAGUGGAGGACCCUGAUCAAGUAGUAAAUGAAGCUGAUAAAUUUAUCAAGAAAUCUUUCUUUAGGAAAGUUGCUCAUAUUCAGGAGUUUGAUAGCGGUCUUCAAUCUUUCCCUGAUCAUAUUCAAAGAGAUGCUUUCGCUCAUGACAAUCCCCGCGUUGAGAGUCUGAAGUCCGUUGGGAUCGAUCCCAAGCUGCACUGAUUUCUCUUUUUUAAUUUCCAUCUUGUCCAACUUUAUUUCUUUUUUUUUGUUUUCUUCAGCGUCUUGUUUGUUUCGUUUGCUACUUUUGGAAGUUGGGGUUUAAGUGUUGACCCUUUUCGUCUAACAUAAAGAUGAGGAGGAUCGAUGAUCUAAACCUCCUUAAAUGGGUUUGUAAGGUGGUUGAGAUAAUAUUACGUAAAUAAAGCUAAUAUAUUGGUUUGAAUCA